AUGCAUCCAAAUAGAAUAUGGAACUGUGAUGAGACCAGUUUCAACAUGGAACACACUCCUGUGAAAGUGUAUGCCGAUAAGGGUGAAAAGUCAGUUGUGAGCAAAGCUCAGUCUUCUAAUUUGACAGUUAUGGCUUGUGCGAGUGCAGGUGGUGACUGCAUGCCUCCGAUGUUUAUAACGAAGGGAAAAACUCCAAGAUCUGUACAUGGGUAUCGUACCGAGGAUGCACCCGAAGGAUCUGUUUGGACAUAUCAGAAAAAGGGAUGGAUUUCAGACGAAAUCGGCGAGCAAUGGUUCGAACAAGUUUUUCUUAAGUGUUGCGGCCCUGCAAGACCACAGCUUCUUCUAAUGGAUGGUCAUGGUUCACAUGAAACGCUAGCCAUUAUUGAAAGGGUCAUUGAAGAGAAUAUUAUCCUUAUGGUUUCCCCACCCGCCCCACCCCUCAUUGUACACAUUAUCUUCAACCCCAAGAUCGUACUGUCUUCGGUCCGCUCAAAUCUGCAUACAACGAAGCCUGCUCAUCUUUUCUUAAUGAGAAUCCUUUGCAUCAGGUGA